GACCUCCUUUCAUUUUCAUUCGUCCACCUCAACAGGGUUAGACUAUCAAACCGCAGCAUCAAACUUUUUCAUAUCUAGUUAUCAUGGCACCCAAACUCGAAGUCGAGGACGACGAAGAGAGACAGCAAAGAAUCGGCAACCUCCUCGAGCAAUUGAACAGCUCUUCACCCUCUAGGAAUACAUCCAAUGCUGUUCCUCCCGCAUUUGACUUUGGCGAGCGAAAAACGUUUGCGGUGGACCCACCAAGCGAAUUACUCACACGCGUCCGGGACUUCCUCCCCCGCCUCAAAGCAGAGAACGAUACGCUUGCACAGCGCAUCCGGGAUAACCCAUCCAGCGUAGACAUCGAGAACAUCGAAGAAGACGCAGAGCAGUAUAUCGAAAUGAACCUCGGCCUGGGCGUCUUAGAGACGCGGCCCAAGGACUCAGACUCCAAUUCCUUUUCCAGCUCUCAGUCAGAUGAUGACGAUUCCGAGAGCGCCUCAGAAGAAGAUUCGUCUUCUUCGUCGUUGUCCUCACCCGACUCGUCCUCUUCAGAAUCAGACUCAGAAUCGGACUCAGACUCGGAUUCGGGCAACAGUUCAAACUCGUCGAUGCACAUAAAAGCUAUUGCCUCCCGCCCUAUCAAGCCCAUCCCACGGCGUGUCCCGGGGUCUGAUAUCGAUAUGCUUCCUGAUCCACCUUCUGCCGGCUGAUAGAUACUCAGCACACGGGGAUAACCAUUGCUGAUCCGACCCCCAUCGCAUCAGCAAUCUCUUGAGGUCAACUUCGGCGAUUCAUAAAAGCCCGUUUCGUCGUUCGACAAUCCUAUCGCCUAUCUUUCAUGUUCGGAACUUAAAACGGAUCGCCGAAUACCUUGUAAAAAUAUACGCAGUGCAAGAAGAUCAAG